CACACGCUCUCCAGAGGAGGCACGGUUAGCAAAGGUGAUGAUUAACCCCUUCCCCCUUAUUCCUGCCCUCGUCUGUUUCUUCUACCUGUACUCGUCUGGACUCGCUCGAUGAGUAAAGAAAUGAGCGAGUGAGACCGGUUAACAGUCAGAUGCGCAGACCUCUCUCUGACGAACACUUGGAAGAUUUGGAUACCUGAAGAAUUCAACUGUGGGAUACAAUUUGGAUUAUAUUACAAAAGAAGUCAUCUUAAGAAAACCAGACACACAUUGUUGGAAUUGUUGGAUUACAGUAUCGAAGCACCAUGCAGUAAAUUUGUGGUGAAGUAACUUCAGAGUUUGUGGGACAACAGAUCUUCAUCUUUGUUCGCGUACCAGGAUUCUUUCUCACUGAGCAGCUAUGUCUAAACCUUCACGUCUUGCUCGCCCUUCCUCUGCGAGUUCAGGCUCCAAGCUCCCCUCACCUCGACGUGAUGCACCUGGUGGACGACCCAGAACUGUAAGCGUGAUGCAGACAGGAAGCGAGGGGAUCAUGAGGCCUCCGCUAAAUGGGGCGACACAUUCACACACCCUGCAAGGCACUAAUAUCAAGGAAGAGGAUGAGGUGGACCAGCCCAAGAGCAGAACAAGUCCACAAAAAGGGUCCACAGCUACCGUAACCCAGCAACAAGUCACAGUGCAGAAGCCUCUGAAAGGUAAUCUAAAAGUGACCUCCGCGGAGGACGCUGAGCACCUAUCCCGUAAACAGCAGUCCGUCCCCACUAACAGCCCGGGCAACCGCUGCGAGCCCAGAUCCAGUCGCGCGGGGGUUCCACGGAGACACACUGUGGGUGGAGCACGCAGCUCAAGGGAGAUCCUGGCCAUGCAGCCCUCAGAUAUGGAUAAAAAACGAGAGGCCUUCCUGGAACAUCUCAAGCAGAAAUACCCACACCACGCCUCUGCCAUCAUGGGCCAUCAGGAAAGACUCAAAGAACAGUUGUUUCAGGGGAUGUUGUCCGCUCUUCACUCUGAGAUAGAUAUACAGAGAUAUCUGCUGAAAAUCCAGAACCUUGGAAGCCGGGGCUCUAAACAGAGUUUGGUGUGCCCAAGCCCAGUGCCUGUGUUUGUGGAUCAGUUGGAACACGGCUCACUGGUCUCUCUGGAUGCUCUGGAGGUCAUGUCUGAGUGUGACGCCCCCUUCGCCUUUACCCGAGGCUCUCGGUCCAGAGCCAGUCUGCCUGUGGUCCGCUCCACCAACCAGACCAAGGACCGGUCACUAGGUGUGUUGUAUCUGCAGUACGGGGAUGACACCAAGCAGAUUCGCAUGCCUAAUGAAAUAACAAGCGCCGAUACAAUCAAAGCUCUGUUUGUUAGUGCCUUCCCUCAUCAGCUUAACAUGAAGAUACUUGAGUCGCCCAGCACCGCAAUAUACGUCAAAGACGAGAACAGGAACGUCUACUAUGAACUUGCAGAUGUCAGGAGCAUCACGGAUCACUCCUGCUUGAAGGUGUACCACAAAGACCCUGCGCACGUCUUCAAUCAUGGACCCCGGCCAAGCAAUGGGGACGCAAGGGUUCACAGAGAGAUGAUGUAUGGGGGACGGGACGGUCACCCUCUCCGGCAACCUCCAAUGGGCCCCCCACCACCUCACAUGCAGGGCACCAUGUCCCCUACCACACCUCACACUAUGCCCCCAUCACCCUCUCGUAUUCCAUUCGGUCCUCGCUCUGCAGGCGGUGCGGUUGGCGGUGCGGUUGGCGGUGCAGUCGGUGGUGCCACAAUGCCACGCGACAGACCUGGAAACACGCUCCCUUCACCCGUCCGCUCGGCUUCUCCCAGCCCCAGCGCCAUCCUGGAACGACGGGACGUCAAACCCGACGAGGAUGUGACUGCAAAGAGCAUGUCACUUCCUGCUCGAGCCGAAGGCCAUUAUGCUGAUCCCUACAUGUUACAUCACCACGCCCCACCCCCUGACACAAUAGACCAUGCCUACCACCGUGCCACCAUGCGUUCCUACAGCAACCCUGGCGUUCCCAUGGAAGCCGUCGACCAUCAUUCACUGUUCCGACAGAAAAGCAGAAAGUACACGGAUAGCCAGCUGCCAAUGCUGGGCUCCAAAACCCCGCCCGCUUCCCCGCACAGAAUGGGCGAGAUAAGAAUGAUGGACAUUCACACUGGCCAACAAAUGACUUUAGAGAGAUCCUCACCUGUAAGACAGUCAUUUAGGAAAGAGACACCCGUUGCUAUGGACGCCAUGGUAAAGGCAAGGGGUGGCAUGGGCUCGCCGGCAACUCCUGAUAUUCAGGGUCACAAUCCUUUGGCGCCCUCAGCAGACCCUCAGACACGAGAGAGAAUGAAGGCCAUGGAGGAUCAAAUAGCCAGUCUGACUGGUCUUGUACAGCACGCUCUCUUAAAGAGCCACAGCACUAACGGCAGCAAGGAGCACCAGAGUGAGAAACCACAGAUCCAGACUGGAUCACCAGUUCACAGCACAUCUAGUGCAGGAGGCUCUCCAGUAUUAGCGCCAAAAAUCGCAUCAAUGCCUCCUGAACGUAGCCCCGCCCCUACACCGCCAACAGGACACGCCCCUUUAAAUGUUAACUUACAGCUGUUCAGGAAAAAUAUCUCUGAGUUCCGCCUCCAGCUGCAACAUAUGAGACAAAUGCAGCUUCAGAAUCAAGAGUGUGUACGUGCACAGAUAAAGCGUGCGGAGCAAGAGAUCAGCAUGAAACUGGCCGAAAUGCUGAGGCGACAGGACGAUCCCACACAGAAACAGAGAACGGUGGUGGAAGAAGAGAGACACAGAUAUCUCACAAUGCAGGAAAGAGUUCUCACACAGCUGGGGGAUCUGGAGCAGUUUGUGGAGUCUCUGAAGACCGAAUCCAGCUCGGCUGUGUCUCAGAGAUCUGUGACUCUGAAGGAGGUAGAGGAGGGAGCUGUCAACCUGAGGAAGGUGGGCGAGAACCUGGCUGGACUGAAAGGCGAGUUUCCGGCUCUACAGACCCGUAUGCGAGCAGUGCUCAGGGUUGAGGUGGAAGCCGUCAAGUUCCUAAAGGAAGAGCCGCACAAACUCGACAGUAUGCUGAUGAGGGUCCGAACCCUCACCGACACACUCAACAACCUUCGCAGGUGUGCACCAGAUAGCAUGCUGAAUUCCUCUGAACCGGUUCAAAAAACGGAAUCAGCCGUCGUCACUGAAUCCAUUGAAUCUGCCCCGGUCACGCCCCAGACUUCCACCGUGAGGUCAGAGGUCAUGACAUCAACCCCUUUGGUGAUCCACCACGCCCAAGCCUCUCCUGUAGCUUCACAACAAUCCCAGCAGUCAACGGCACCAUCGCCACCUGCCCUAAAGAGACAAGAGUCCAUCCCCUCGCCCACCAAACAACUCAAGAAACCCACAGCGUCCCCUGAGCAGACACAAAUAGUCAUAAACAGCAGUAAUGGAAUCUCUACGAAUGGCGUCCAUGGUAAGAAUCUUACUCCAGGCUUGUUCAUCGAAGAGAUCCAGGCGAGCCGCAGCAAGACCAAGAACAGGGCUGUGUCGAUUAAGGCUGCAGAGAGAGGAUGGGAGGAGAAGAGGCUGAACUUGGGUCAUUAUGACGGACAGGAAUUUGAACGGAUGCUCCAAGAAGCCGAGGCCAAUAUGUUAAGAGGAAUACCAAGCCUUGAGGUGCCCAGCGAACCAGAGAAGUGCCCUGACGCCCCUGCAAAACGUCCUGCCUCCCUGGAGGAGGUCGUGGAAAAAAAGGAGCCUGUGAUGACGUCAGUACAGCACGAUAACAAUCAGCCCAAGCUAAACUCUGAGAAACCUAUUAAGACUGCUUCAGAGAAACCUUCCAAACCUCUGGAGAAACCCAUUAAGCCGGCCUUGGAGAGGCCUUCUAAACCCAGCUUAUCCAUCAAAUCCAGUCUGGAGAAACAGAGUAAGACUCAGGAAAAAGUUGUCAAACUUCAAAGCACAGAAAAGGCAAACAAGUCGCCUCCUCCACCCCCACCUCGAAGAACCUACCCCAACGCCACCACGGGAAUGACCACCACCCGCUCAGGAGAGGUCAUUUACACCAGUCGGAAAGACUCUGUCACUGUAGAGGAUGGUGACGAGGAGCCCACCAGUCCAGUGUCUCAACCCGAACCAAAAACCCAUCCAGAGCCCAAACCCUGCACACCUCCUCCUCCUAUCUCUGCCUCAGCCAUCAAAGAGGAGGAGGAUGAAGGAGAUAAGAUCAUGGCAGAGUUGCAGGUUUUCCAGAAGUGCACUGUUAAGGAGAUAGGGCUCAAAGGUUUGGUAGAGCCACAGAUCAGAGAGCUAAGACCUGGGGCCUUACUGCCCCUUAAAGAUAAGAAGCAUACAGAUAAAGAAGACAAGAAUCUCGACACGGAUGAGAAUGGCAACAAUACAGUCCGUCAGAGUCCUGGGGUCAUCUACUAUGUCACAGCUCAGAUCUCCAAAGGAACUCCAUCAGCAUCAGACGAAUCAGCAGAGCGUAGGGAUACAUCACAGUCAUCAUCACAGGUGUCACAUGCUUCUGACCAACACUUCACCAUUUCUGACCAAUCCCAAAACCUGCUGCAAAUAUCCACUAAAACAUCAAUAAUUAGUGGCGUCGUCAGGUCUUCUAGCUCUCUGUCCCAAAAUCAGUCAAUCAGUUCUGCCUCACAGAAGUCAAACCCAUCCUCUCAACCGGAGGAAGUUCCAACUAGCCCAACUCAAGGGAAGGUUCAUGUGGUCAAGGCUCCGCAAGUGCAGGUUAGCAUAGAAGAAAGAAUCGAGUCUCCAACUGCUGUUUGCUCACCAGUCUCCUUUGGAGAAACUGAGCCCAUCCAUUUUAAAGCAAGCCCUGUUGGGUCAGAUUCUUCAAAUCUAAAGCUUACCCUUGGUUCAUCCAAGGCAAAGGAAAGGAAAUUUAAGGAAAUGGAGCAAAAUGAUGACACCUCUCUCAGUCCUGAUCUGUCAGGAGAAGGACCUCCUCCACCUCCACCUGAUAACUUUGCGUUCAUGGUCACUAACAGUAAGGUUCAAACCCUCUCCACUGGAGAGUACCAGCAACUGGUCAACGCCAAGAAGGGUAGCGUGCAGACUGUAACUUUUGGCAACAAUAGACCUUCUGGUGGUGACAUAACUUUUGGAGAUGACGCUCUUGGGAAUGCUGACAGCACUAGUAAAAAGCCAGUUAUCAUCAUCUUUGAUGAGCCAAUGGACAUCCGUUCAGCUUACAAACGCCUUUCUACAAUUUUUGAAUGUGAGGAGGAGCUAGAUCGAAUGCUUGCGGAAGAAAGGAUAGAUGAGGAAAACGAGGAUACAGAGGAAGAAUGGAAUGGAGGAGUGCAGGUCAAGCAAAAUGGAGAUGGUAGAGGAUCUGGACAAGGUACUGAUGUUAGGGAUAGUUCUGCACAAGCCGUCAACUCUUCAUCAUCCUCAUCUUCAAUAGAAUCAGUCGUAGACGGUCAUGGUGAUGCAAAGCAAGAUGAAAAGAAGAAGUUCAAGCUGAAGUUCCCAAAGAAACAGCUGGCGGCAUUAACGCAAGCCAUUCGCACCGGUACAAAAACAGGCAAGAAAACUUUACAGGUUGUCGUCUACGAAGAAGAGGAGGAGUCGGAUGGAACGGUCAGAGAACACAAAGAGACCAAGAGGUUUGAAAUUUCUUGUUCCAAACCCGAGUCCUCGAAAUCAAAUCCACAGGAACCGACUGUACGAACCAACGAGAUUCGUAAGAACGCCUACAAAACCCUAGACAGUCUAGAGCAAACUAUAAAACAGCUAGAGAGCACAAUUAGCGAAAUGGCACCAAAAUCUCCCGAUAACGAUGAAAACUCCGUGAGCCUUGAAGCUCACACAGAUAAAGCACCUUCUCCCAAAUCGUUGGUUCCGAGACCUUCCUCCGCCAGAAAAAACCUUGAUCUCCGAAAGAAGACCAAACCACAGCUCCUUCCCAGGCCUGCCAUCAUACCAACUGCAGGGGUCUCAGUCACACCAGUUCCCACACAGCAGAAUGCCAGCGUGGUCUCACCUUCUAGUCGGAUGCCGGUGCCCGUUUCUGCCAAGCCGAGGCAGCAACCGAGCACCUCAGACAAAGAAAGGGCAACAAAACAGCAAAAGCUACAGGACACUCAGAGGCAGUUUCGCCAGGCUAACGGAAGUGCUAAAAGAUCAGGAGGAGAUCCCAAAUCCACUUCUCCUACCGCGCCUGCUUCUAAAAUUCCUGCUUUUUCCUCUAGCGCGGGAAAGAGCUCGGCCCAGUCUGAUACUACUAAUAUUGUACAUUCUUCCUCUCCUUUAUCUUCCUCCGUUCCUGUUAGCAAAUCUUCCAUCCCUCCUCCUCGAUCCAGCUCCGCCUCCUCCUCUCAUAUCCCCUCCUUCUCUAAUGGUUCUCUUAAAUGUGCCCCUCCCACUCACAGCACUAAAGGCCUCCCCAUGCAGACACAAAAUGGCCGACCUUCUUCCUCUUCUUCCUGUUCCCACUCUCCCCUGUCCCCGACUAUGUUGAGUCAGAGUACGAAGAGUAUCCGCACCAUUCACACACCCAGCUUCAACAGCUACAGUCGGCAACACAAUGGGAAUGCCGGUAAAUCAGCUAUCCCCGCGGUCGCUAAGGAUGCUGCGUAGUAUGCUUGGCUGUUCCGCUACCAUUUCGUCAUCAUCCUUAAAAGAUGUUCAGUCACUCCUGAUUUGUAUUUUUAUGAUUUUUAUUUGUUGAGUACUAUUGUAACAAGUAUUCAGAGUGAACUUUAUUGUUUUUGGGCAUGGUUAUGGUUAUCGCAUGUCACUAUUUGUUCAUACCACAUAUUCAUUUGCUCAGCUGUAAGACUUACUUCUUAUUAUCUAUUUUAAAAACAUAUAAUACAGGUUGGUUUUAAGAAACAAAAUAUAAAUCUAGUUUAACUGCAGAGAGCAGGCUCAUGAUCAAAGAUUUUAUAGAGCACUUCAUUUGAAAAUAAUAUUUAUUUUUCAUACAAGUUGAAUAGAGACUAAAAAAAAAGGAUUGACACGGUGCAAGUAUGUAAACAGUAUCUUGGUUUAUAUGUGGCCUCUAAAUGAUUGUAGAUUAUUUUCAUUUGGCCUUUUUUUAGUUGACAGACAUUGGUUAUAACCAUAAUAAGUGAAUCAAGUACUGUAAGUAAACAUUAACAUUACUUGGGUUUUCUUUUUGUUAUUCUGUCAUGCACUGCCAAGAUUUAUUCAUGUAAAAUGACAACAGUUUUUCUAGUAAACAGUUGUCUGUCUUUUCAGUAGUUGUGCCUGUUUGCCAAAUUUUGUAAUUCAUACUUGACUAUGUAUACUGUGCUAGACACUAUAUGUACAUUUAGGAUAGGUUAUACUGUACCUGGCUUAACCUACCGAUAUCAUAAACCUUUGAUUUACUCUUAAAUUAACACGCAUUUAUGUCUAAAUGUAAAUUGUACUGAUUGAUGAAACUGCUCUUUACUUUCCAUGUAAAUACUGUAACAUCUCUAUUUCAGAGAUCGUGUUUAGUUUUGUUAACAUAUUGUACCAAAGUUUGUUUCUAUGCAUGCCUAUAAAAACCCGUAGAGAGAAAAAAUAUAACGGAAGAAAAUCAUGCUUGCACAGAUUUUGUAAAUAAAUGUUUUCUUUCUUUGUAUAGCUUUAAAUGCGGACACAAACUGUGCAAAGGAAUGUAGGUAUUGAAACAAUAAAGGUUUGCAUGAUUGUCAUUCACAUGGCCUCCUUAUGGCAAUGGUUUGUUCACUGCAGCCCUUUUAUUAAACUUCUGGCAACUUUUAUCUAA